CACACUUCUUCAUUCACCCACCGAGCGGCCGGCACCCCCGACGGUAGAAAACGCGCUUUAACUUGCCUCCUUCGUUUUUUCACCGCCACAGGUCAAUGAUACCGGCAUUGGCGAAAAUACAACUUUCCACACACAUCAGCGCGUUGUGUACGAGACGAGGGGUGCCGAUUCACUAAACCUGUUUUGUGGCUUUUGUCCAUUAGUGGGUCUCUAUCUCUCCCUCUCCCUCCUUUCUUCGGGUAUAUUCUCUCUCACACAAGCACACUAGCGCUGUAAAACGCAGCAGAGGCUCGAAAAUAUCUUGGAGACAGUUUUGAAAUUUCUUCUGGAAACCCAGAAGACUUUGGGGGCAGUUGGAGAAAAUUUGGAAAGUGGGUGUCUACCCAUUCAGCAUUUUAUUCUAAUUGCUCGGAAAGUGGGGAGGUAUUUUGCUGGGAAGAGCGUGUGUUUGACUAAACGCUUGAGGAAAGGAUUUUGCUUUGCUUUUGUGUUUGUAUCAAAACCCAGAAAUCAGAUCCGGAAGGGUUAUCUGGGUUUGAUUCGUUUGUGUUGUCCGAUCCAUAUCCGGAUCCUUUGUUUGGAAAUCUGAUUGUUUUUGGAUCGGAUUUCAUUAGGAUUGGACAACAAUGGAGGGUGAGAAGAAGUACAUUACUGUCGAGCAGCUGAAGCUGCACAACAAGCCUUCGGAUUUGUGGAUCUCUAUCCAGGGCAAGGUUUACAAUAUCACUGAUUGGGCGAAAGAUCACCCGGGUGGGGAUGCCAUUCUCUUCAAUAUGUCCGGCCAGGACGUCACUGAUGGAUUCAUUGCCUACCAUCCUCCGUCCGCAUGGAAGUACCUGGGAAAGUUCUUCACUGGGUACCAUCUGAAAGAUUUCGAGAUCUCGGAGGUCUCCAAGGAUUACAGGAAGCUUGCUUCCGAGUUUAACCAGCUCGGUUUGUUCGAAAACAAAGGGCAUGUGGCUCUUUACUCUGUGAUUAGUAUUCUGGUUAUGCUUUACCUUGUUGUGUAUGGUGUGUUGAAGUCUGAGAGUGUGUUGGUUCAUUUUGGUUGCGGUUGUUUGUUGGGGGUCCUCUGGGUUCAGGGUGCCUAUAUAGGGCAUGACUCUGGGCAUUACCAGGUUAUGUCGAGCCGCAGGUACAACAAAAUGGCACAAUUUCUGGCCGGAAAUUGCCUGACUGGGAUCAGCAUUGCUUGGUGGAAAUGGACUCACAAUGCCCACCACAUUGCCUGCAACAGCCUUGACUAUGAUCCCGAUCUUCAGCACAUGCCGGUGUUUGCUGUGUCCACGAAAUUCUUUCAUUCAAUAACGUCAACCUUUUAUGGAAGAGAGCUGACAUUUGAUGCUGUGGCUAGAUUUUUAGUCAGCCACCAGCAUUUUACAUAUUACCCGAUCAUGAUUGUUGGAAGGGUUAACUUGUUUAUUCAGACGUUCUUGCUACUGUUCUCCAAGAGAAGCAUCCCAGAUAGAGCUUUGAACAUAAUGGGAAUCCUUGUUUUCUGGACUUGGUUUCCUCUCCUUGUUUCGUGUCUGCCUAAUUGGAGGGAGAGGUUUAUGUUUGUGUUGGCGAGCUUUGCAGUGACAGCACUUCAGCACAUUCAGUUCACUUUGAACCAUUUCACAGGAGAUACUUAUCUUGGACCACCAACUGGGAACGAUUGGUUCGAGAAGCAGACAGCUGGUACUGUGGAUAUUUCGUGCUCGAGUUGGAUGGACUGGUUCUAUGGUGGCCUGCAGUUUCAACUUGAGCAUCAUUUGUUCCCCCGAUUACCCCGUUCCCAGCUGAGGAAGAUUUCUCCCACUGUGAAGGAACUAUGCAAGAAGCACAAUUUGCCUUACAAGAGUUUGUCCUUCUUGGAUGCCAAUGUGGCCACCAUUAGGCUGCUAAGGAAUGCUGCCCAGCAGGCUUGGGACAUGGCCCUUCCCGUCCCGAAGAACUUGGCCUGGGAAGCUGUUAAUACCCAUGGCUGAUGUUAGUCGAGGCUCAUCUAAAUACCGCCCCUGCAUUGGAGUUCUCUGUUUAUAAGUUGGGGCAUCUAGGUCUGAUGAUCAUUCUUUUUCAGCAGGUUUUUCAAUCGCUAUUUGAUAUUAUUUUGGGCAGUCUUUUUCUGAUAUUUGAUCUAUUUGUUUUCUAUGUUUAAACUAAACCUCCAUAACACGCGUUUUAAUUUUCAAUUCAUCUUCAGUUUCAUGUUGGAUCUCAAUACAAAUUUUGGAGAGUAUCUCUUCCUAUUGAUUUGUCGA